GCUCAUGACAGAUGUUAUGUUUGUGGCAGUGUCAUGUCAGUCUUAUGCACACCCUUUCAAAUAAAGUGUUACCAAUAUAAUUGGGUCAUUUACACAAAUGAAUUUGAGUUAUUGUCUAUAAAACACAAGUGCCAUUCAAGAUAAAAAAUGUUUUUAAAAAUCAGACAGCAAAAUACAAUACCGUCUUCCUCACUGUGUAAAGAAACAUGGAUUUUCACAGCCUUAUUUGUCACACUUUCAGCUUCUUCUACUUUUAACUUUUGCUGUAGAUGUGUAAAUGUUCAGUCAUUAUUUUAGAGAUGUCAUUACUUAUAAAGUUGUGAAAUAAAAUUAACUUGAACGAAUAUAUAUGUUUGUUUUUUAGUUAUAUUUCUAUUAGACAGCCCUGUGGUUAGUUUUUCUGUUGGUAUUGAAGUCUUUCAUUCAGGAAAGUGGUAUGGUGUGACAAGACAAAAAACAUAAAUGUGACGUGUUUAACCUAAGUAAACACACAGGUCAGUUGAGUCUCUUGGCUCUGGCUCGCAACACGUGAAACCCAGUGCACCUGAUAAUGCGACUCCCUGUCACAAAACUAAACGGCGCGCUAGAAACUGAGUUGGCAGUAAUCACUGAUGCAGGCAGCCCAUGUACAGAUUGUCACGUGUGUGCAGAAGUGUAAUUUUCACACCGCGACGUGUGAAACCCCAACUCCCAGCUCUGCAUCUGUUGCCUCCCCGGAUAGGUUGGAGCCCAUGCAGCGAGGCAGAAGAUGCCUGUAAAGAGAAGGGAUGCGUCACUGGAUUAGUGCCUGAGAAUCUGCCCCAGCCUCUCCUCUCUGAGCCUGCUGAGACAUCUCCAGAAGGGCACGACACUCACCGCUCGCUUUCCCUCCACCAAGCCUUCCACAUGAGCCAGCCAAGCCUUAGCUCCGCGCCAGGAUGAAGAAAUACAAGACAACGCACGCGUUCAUGUUCCUCCUGCUACUUCACUACAGUUUGGGGCAGUCAGACUAUGCUCCAUAUUUCUAUGACAACGGUCCUAGCAGCAUAAGUGGGAACAUGGCCUUGUUCAGCAUCUCUGAGGACACACCUGUUGGAACACAGAUAUACAUCCUGAACGGGACAGAUCCAGAGGGGGAUCCUGUGCGAUACGGCCUCACAUUUGAAAAAGGCUCCACUGAAUAUUUCAGGGUGGAGCCCAAGUCGGGAAACGUGACUCUAAUUCAGGAGCUGGACAGAGAGAAACAAGAUGAAAUCUCAGUGAUUGUCAGCAUAACAGAUGGACGCAACAAAGUUGUUGAGACUGUGAGAGUGUUUGUGACAGACGCCAACGAUGAGCCGCCAGAAUUUCAAAGUCUGCCUUUUAUCACUGAUGUUCCAGAGGACACUGCUCCGGGAAGUAGCAUCUACAGAGUCCAUGCUAUAGACAAGGACUUGGGUUCAGGAGGCAGCGUUUCUUAUUAUCUACAGAGUUCCCCAUUUGCCAAGUUCACUAUAGAUGGACACAGCGGGAUCCUCAGAGUGAAACCUGGUGAGACUUUGGACUACGAGACCACACCAACACAUUUUGUCACAGUGGUCGCAAAGGAUGGAGGUGGGAAGUACAAAGGAAGGCACCAGGUGCUGACCUCCACGGCUACUGUAACAAUCAAUGUCCUUGAUGCCCAAGACAUGCCCCCAUCCUUUGUGGGAACCCCGUACAUUGGGUACAUCUACGAAGUCUCGGUCCCUGGGUCUGAAAUAUACACAGUGUCUGCUAAAGACGGGGAUCAAGGCAAUCCCAACCCUAUCCAUUAUUCCAUUGUGAAUGGAAGUGAUGGUGUUUUUGAGAUAAACAGCACCAGUGGAUGCGUUUCUCUAACAACUCCUCCAUCUCUGCUGAAAAAUGAACUCUAUGAAAUAAAAGUGAAGGCAUCUGAGGUCGGACCCAACAACCAGCUGUUAGACUACGACGUCACCACAGUGACUGUCCGGGUGGUGGAUCUUAAUAACCACCCUCCUACUUUUUAUGGAGAAAAUGGACCCCAGAGCAAGUUUGAGGUCACCAUGUAUGAGCAUCCUCCUGCUGGAGAGAUCCUCAGAGGCUUCAAGAUCACAGUGAACGACUCUGAUCAGGGGGCAAACGCUAAAUUUAAACUGAGACUGGUGGGACCCAGUAGAGUUCUUCGAGUUGUUCCCCAGACGGUCCUGAAUGAAGCGCAGGUGACCAUCAUUGUGGAGGACGCUUCUGGUAUAGACUUUGAAAAGGGACCAACCCUAUCUUUUAAGCUGCUGGCGGUAGAGAUUGACACUCCUGAGCGUUUCAGUGCGACAGCCGACAUAGUGAUCAACCUGCUGGACACAAACGACAACGUCCCCGUUUUCACGUCCGAGUACUACAUCGCCAGAGUGGCUGAGAACUCCCCCGGCGGCUCCAGUGUCCUGUCUGUCACAGCGAAUGAUCCAGACUCUGGUUCCUGGGGUGAAGUCAAAUACACGAUUUAUGGAUCAGGAUCAGAUUUAUUUGCCAUCCACCCAUCAACAGGCCUUAUCAUCACACAACCCUGGACCAGUCUGGACGCAGAGAUGAGGUCAAAAUACAACUUCUACGUCAAGGCGGAAGAUUCAGAAGGCAAGUACAGCAUCGCUGAAGUCUUUGUCAGCGUCCUUGACAUGAACGACCAUCCUCCGGAGUUUGAUGAGGAAUUUCAAGAGAAGACCAUGAUCAUUGGGACACCUGUCAAAGUUCAGGCCGUGGACGAGGACGCAGAGUCUCCUAACAACGUCAUCGAGUACUCCAUCAUGACAGCCGAUCCCGACAACGCAUUUGACAUCAAUGCAAACACAGGGGAGAUCCAGCUGAAGCCUUUCAUCAAGUCUAUGGAGAUUGUGCACAAUAUCACCAAGCAGAAGGAUUGCAAGUGGUCUCUGGUGGUCCAGGCCAGGGACCGGGGAUCCCCAUCCUUUAGCACCACAGCUGUGGUCAACAUCGAUAUCACAGAGGCGACUCCUCUCAAGGGGCCAAUGGCAGCAUUUUUAAUGAAAAGUAGGGACAAUCCUCUGAGAGCUUUAGGCAUUGUCGCUUUUAUCAUUCUCGUACUGGUAGGAGUGACUGUGAUGAUCUCCACGGUCAUGUACAUGCGCAACUCAAAGUCAAACAGAAUCAUGCCAGUCCGACGCAUCAUUAAGAAGCGACCCAGGGACCAGCAGACGUGGAAAUUCAAGAUCCCUGUCAUCAAGCUGUCCAGCCCAGCAGAGAAGUUUCUGAUCAGUGACCCAGAAAGCAGACCACCGCAGGAAACCAGCAGCCCCAGGCUGAAGCCUCCACCUCCUAUUGCUCCUUGUCUGCCCCCUCCGCCUCCCUCUAGCUCUCGGGCUAUUGAGCGGCCCCGGGCGGUCCCAACCAUAUCUGGUGCACUGGCCUACAAAGGUUCAAAGAAGGCAAAGCCUGGCCGCCGCAAAGAGGGAAACAUCAGUUCUGCGUUGGUGUCUGAGCUUAAAAUGAAGCUGGAGCAGAAGAUUAACGAGAAUAACCAAGGGUAUUAUUAAACAGAACUGCAAACACAUCUGGUUUAAGGGUCGCUCAGUCCAUUUGUCAAUGGCUCUGUGCUCUUAUCUUACAUGCAGCCGUCGUGAUGAUUGGUAGAAGGAUCUAACUUUGGAUUUUUUUUUUUUUUGUCAUACAUUUAAGUCUUAACAGACAUCAAAGAAGUAGGCUGCACUUUGUCCUCCACUGUAUUAGACUUAGAGAAGUGUGGAGAGUCAGUGGUGCAGUCGCAAAUAAUUCACCACACUGACAUCUUGAGGAGGAUUAUGUGAUCUCAACAGUAAGAAGCACUACUGUAAAUUGUCCUAGGAGAGGAUUACUAAGAUUUAGUGUCUGUACAUCAGUUGCAUAACAUCCCGAAAAGUGUAAUGCUCACAAAUGUGCAGUGUUUUCAGGACAAAAAAUUAUUUUUUACCUGGUAAAUUCCCAUUACUGAAAGGUGUGUUUUCGCUCAAUGGAGCAUGCAGCUAAAACCACAUGGCAACGUUUUACAAUGAAGUGCUGAAGGACCUGUGUGUUGAUAUUUUUACUGUGUUACAUCAGCCGCUUCAAAAGCCGAGAAGUUGCUCCUUUGUAUGAAGACAAUGUGCCACUGUAGUAACAUGAGCCUGCUUGAGUAAUUCUAGGAAAGAAAAUGUUUUUAUAUAAAUGAACAUGCAUCCGUUUUAAGUGUAAAGCGCUGUAUUAUUUUUAACCAUGUGACUACAAGAAAUCUAAGUCUAUUAGUGGGGAAUUGUUGAUGAGAGCUAGUCACGCUUGAAAUUUCCAAGCUGGCGUCGCAUUGCUGAGAGAUUUGUAUUUAAAUAAAUGUUUAUCUGGAGCGUCUUUGUCAAACAUGUAGAAGCUGUGCAUGGAUACUUUCCAUCUCAUUCUCAAAUGCCUUUCAAUAUAGGCAAAGAAAAUAUCAUUGCUGUAACCAUAACUUGUAUCUGAGUAGUUCUUAACUUAUACUUAUUUCAAAUAAGUUGAGAUAAACUAUAUACGAUAAAUAUGACUUUAACUUGCCUGGUCCUUUGAAAAAAUUUAUAUUGUCUUUGUACUGUUUUGAUUUUAAAUAAAUAUUUGAACAUA